AUGGAUGUGAGCAGCAGAUUCCCGAGAAGGACACUCAUCUUCACGGGCCUGGCCACCAGUGUUACCUUGCAGGGAUGCUCAUCCAUCAUCCCGACGCAUGAGACGGGCUACUGGCAGAACAUGACCAGCUACUUGAAGACCUACAAGUUUGAAACGCCCGGACUCGAAACGACAAAGUUGAAUCCAUGUGCUCUUGACAUCCCUAGAUACCUCCAGUGCAGUGGCCACGGAGAAUGCAAAGCAUGGACCCAAGAUCCAACUCGAGACGACCUUCCCAAGGCAGCUGCUGAUGCUCCGAGAUUCUGUUACUGCACAGAGGGCUGGGCUGAUCCGAACUGCGAGACACCCAGAAAGUCACAGAGAGUGGCGCCCUACUGGCUUGUUGAAGUCCUUGGCAUGCUGGGGCCAGAAAGCAGUCUCCUUCUGCCAGGUUUCUGUUUUCCCUCUUCGGGGGCAUCCUAG